AUGACAUCGGGCAUCUUUACUUCUGCCGCCAACCGCCAUUUUGACAGCGACAGCAGCGGCGGGGAAAGCGGGAUAUCCAUACAGAUUACUGAGGCAAAGCUAAACGAUGAUGCUGAUGAUGCUGAUGAGGCCGCUGCCGUGCCCCGGGCCGGGCCGUACAUGCAACCAUACAGGCUAUCUGAAGAGCCCUCAGAUUCGUUCGAUUCACCCAUAUACACAAGCACAGUUGACUGGACACGCCCUAUUGGCAAGGAGGACUUCUUGUACCGGCAACAGCUUUCAGAGCUGCGGACACGCAAGCACGGAAUCACCCGGCUGUCGAUAAUCGACUUUGACAACACGCUGUUCAAGUCACCACUGCCUAACCCACAGCUCUGGGACCAGAAGCUGAAUGGCAUGCUGAGAAGCACCGAUCUCGGCUGGUUUCAGGACGGGCGCACGCUGAGCUCGCCGUACCUAGAGUACACAGAUAACCACUGGAUAACGCCCAUAGAGACGCUGACUGAGAUUGAGAACUCACGGUCUGACACCCUUGUCAUGUUGCUGACAGGCCGCUCGCACGCGGCAUACCGCCAGACCAUCCUGGAUUUGCUGAGUCGCCGCAAGAAUCUGAGAUUUGACAUUGUCAUUCUCAAGGAGACGCCCACGCGACAAUCCCCGCUCGUGUCGCAGGUUGAUUUCAGCACAGCUGCUAAGGAUCCGCAGGCGCCGCUGACCUUUGACUACAAGAUGGCUGUGGUUGAAGACACCAUUGCAGCGUUUCCAGAUAUUCAAAAUAUCUCCAUGUGGGACGACCGCGAGAAUCAAUGCGAAAAGAUGCAGAAGUACCUAAACGCCCUGCGUAGCCGCAUCAGCCAUAUUACCAAGGCGCAGGUGUACCAUGUGCCGCCACAGACCAUACCUAUGCGCGAGAGCAAUGAGCGCAGGUUGGUGCACACCAUGAUCCAGGAGUACAACGCUCGCGUGCGCACUUCCGCAGUGGGUGCCAGCGAAAGUGAGCUUCCGAUUGGCUCGCUGCUGACAAAGGACUAUGUCAGCUACACGGGCGUUUUCCUUGACCACGCGAGCCGUAGGCUGCUCAAGAAGAACGUGCGCUGCCCGACGGGCUGGUCUAAGACUGAUCACCACAUGACGCUGACCCUGGGGCCGGCGACUGCCGAGGAGCUCAACCUGUGUAUUGGCGCGCAGUUAGGAGAGACCGUCGAGCUUGUCGUUGACAGCUUGGGAACAAUUGCAAACGCAGUGAUUGCUGUGCGCGUUGUGCUGGCGCGGAUGCAGGGCAAAGGUAUGACACUUGUGCCCCAGGUUGUAGGCACCACGCCACACAUUACUAUUGGGUACAAUGAACCCGCUGGCUUCAGGCCGUCCUACGCUAACAAUAUUAAGGCGUGGCGGCCCCUCAGGUCUGGGGAUUUGGUAUUGCGCGGCGUCGUUGGCGAGAAGAUGCUGACAACGGCGACCAUUAUUGCGCCAGAGGUGCCAGGGCAGGUGCCGGACGAAGUUAGCGUCGGCAGCCUGGUGUGCCAGCGCUGGCCCAUGCUGAAGGGCAGGGAUAUUGGUGUGGCUGUCGGUAACGCGCGUCUGCGGAUGGAAACGCAGGGCGUCAAGAAUGUCGAGGCCAACAGGGGCAAAAUCGUUGAUAUCGUCAAUGGCUUGUUCUGUGCAUGA